AUGACACUCAACGUUCGGAGGGAAUACGGCUUCACCGAUGAGAUGGCACCGCACAAAGAUGAGGUGAAGACGGAAUCGUCUUCCAUAGAGUUGAUGAAACAGAAAGCGGGACCACAUUGCAUAAGCGCAGUUCACAGCAAUCUUCCUGUGCAUAGAGUGACUGUUCAUCCACUCGUUCUUCUAAGUGUGGUAGACCACUUCAAUCGCGUCAGCAAGACGCAAAGCGUUAAACGGGUUGUUGGUGUUCUACUAGGAUCUAUGAAGAAAGACAAGACAUUGGACAUUGGGAAUAGUUUUGCUGUGCCAUUUGAUGAGGAUGAGAAAGACAAAAGUACUUGGUUCCUUGACAUGGAUUAUUUGGAGAGCAUGUAUAGUAUGUUCCACAAAGUUGCAGCGAAAGAGAAAAUAGUAGGUUGGUAUCACACUGGACCGAAACUGCAUAAGAAUGAUAUUGCGAUUAACGAGCAAAUGAAGCGAUUCGUUCCCCACCCUGUUCUUGUUAUCAUUGAAGCGGAACCUAAGGACAUCGGACUUCCAACAGAGGCAUACAUUGAAGUGCAGGAAGUCCACGAUGACGGUACCCCACCUAUCAAAACAUUCGAGCACGUAGCGAGUGAGAUAGGAGCGGAAGAGGCAGAAGAAGUAGGAGUAGAGCAUUUACUGAGAGAUAUCAAAGAUCAGACAGCUGGCACGUUAUCACAAAGAAUUACAGAUCAGUUGAUGGGGCUUCGUGGGCUUCAUUCGCAGUUGGUCGACAUUGAAAAGUAUCUUCAAGACGUUGCAGCUCAUCGACUUCCUAUCAAUCAUCCUGUGAUUUAUCAUAUCCAGGAAGUCCUCAAUUUGUUGCCGGACGUGACACAUCCGGACUAUGUGACAGCUCAAAAUGUUCAGACGAACGACCAGUUGAUGUGCGUGUACAUGGGAUCACUAGUACGAUCCGUUAUUGCGCUGCAUAAUCUGAUUGAUAACAAGUUGGCGUUGCAAAAAGCUGAGAACGAACAAGAAGAUGGUGCUGAUAAGAAGAAAGAUGAGAAGAAAGAAAACAAGGACCCCAAAAAAGAAGAGUCAAAGAAGAAUCCUCCGAAAAAAGAAAAGGGUGCAACUCCAAAAGCGAAAAAACCCUAA